AUGAGAGUAAACACAUACCUGUUGCUGGCUUUCAGCAGCUUUCUGGCGCUGGUCGUCAGCUUCAGCCCUCAAGAUCACGAGAUCUUCAGACUACACGACGAAUUGACCACCGCCGAGGGCAAGGGCAUAACAUUCUACGACUUUAUUGGCGUCAAACCCUCGGCUUCCCAAGACGAAAUCAGCAAAUCCUACCGCAAGAAGUCUCGUACUCUACACCCCGACAAAGCAAAACAGAACUUCAUCGCUGCUCGCGCCAAGAAACCCAACAAGGCUACAAUCCCCGGCACCAAACCACCCAAGACUCAUGUCAACAAGCCCCCCUCCGCAGAGGAGAUCAAGAAAGAGACAAAAAUUGCACAAGCGCGGUAUGCGCGCCUCGGCGUUAUCGCUGAGAUCCUGAAGGGCUCGGGAAGAGAACGAUACGAUUUCUUCCUCGCGAACGGAUUCCCAACAUGGAGGGGCACCGGCUAUUACUACGCCCGCUAUCGGCCAGGAUUGGGGACCGUCAUUUUCGGGCUGUUCCUAUUUGGCGGUGGCUUGGUGCAUUAUGCAGCCAUGUACUUGAGCUGGAAACGGCAGCGUGAUUUUGUGGGAAGGUACAUACGGCAUGCGAGACGAGCGGCCUGGGGUGACGAGACGGGCAUUCAAGGAAUACCCGGUCUAGGAUCAACUUUAGGGCAGUCGGAGGCACCCCAAGCUUCUGCUCUGGCACAGGAGAACGGGCAGGCAGUACUGAAUCGAAGGCAAAAGAGGAUGCAGGAGAAGGAAGCCCAGAAAGAGGCUCGAAAGGAGAAGAAGGGCGGGAAGGCUUCAAGUGGUGGUGUCAGCACCCCAUCGGAAUCGGAGCCGGAGGUCACAGGCCCGCAAGGCUCGAAGAAAAAAGUGCAGGCCGAGAACGGGAAGGUAUUAAUUGUUGAUUCGGUGGGAAAUGUGUUUCUGGAAGAGGCAAAUGAAGAUGGAGAGACCGCAGAGUUUCUGUUAGAUCCAGAUGAGAUACCUCGGCCUACAUACAGAGACACCGUUGUGUUUCGGCUGCCAGCCUGGGCCUUUCGAAAGAUUCAAAGCAAAGUGUUCGGCAAGACGACUGUUCUGUCAGGCCAUAUCCUAGGUACAAAAGAAGAUGAUGUAGAUGCCAAGGAGGAGCAAAGGUCUGGAAAAGUGAAAAGCAAGGGUAGAAAAAAAGGAUAG